GUUAAGCCAGUCGACCGGGUGAAGCAAUUACCGGGGGUCCGAAAUUUAACCCACUCCUUUCUACCUUCACUAGCACAGUGUGCCAGGUGUGUUCUGCAGAGUAGGACCACUCCAACCAUGCUAUGGACCUUCUCCAUCUGCCUCCAGCUGGGGGCACUCUCCUGGGCAGCACCGCUCACAAGGUCCGGCAGUGGGCCCCGAAACAAGCUCUUACUGAUCUCCUUUGAUGGCUUUCGUUGGGACUACGAUCGCGACGUGGACACGCCUCACCUGGACGCCAUGGCAGCCGAGGGAGUGAAAGCCACUUAUGUCACCCCACCAUUCCUGACCAUCACCAGCCCCACGCACUUCACCUUGCUCACAGGGCAGUACAUUGAGAACCAUGGAGUCAUACACAACAUGUGGUUCAACAUCAGCACCCAGCAGAGGAAGCCCUACUACCCAACACAGUUUGUGGAUGAGUGGUGGGACAAUGGCAGCCUGCCCAUCUGGAUCACAGCCCAAAGACAGGGUCUUAAGGCAGGUUCGCUUCACUUCCCUGGUACGGCAUCAAGCUACCAAGGUCAGAAGGCACUGGUGGGCGAGGUGGAGCCCGCUUUAUAUGACUACUCCAAUGAAACGGCCUGGCGGGAGAAUGUGGACAAAGUAAUGGGCUCCUGGUUCACCAAACUUGACCUGGACUUUGUUUCCUUGUACUUUGGUGAGCCUGACGGCACAGGACACAAGUACGGGCCAGACUCACCUGAACGCAAGGCCAUGGUCAGGCAGGUGGACCGCACGGUAGGCUACCUGCGUAGCUCCGCCCAGUCACACGGGCUUACUGAGUGGCUCAACAUCAUCAUCACAGCUGAUCACGGCAUGAGCUCCAUUCUGAGGGGCGGCCAGGUCAAUCAGAUCCUCCUUUCCAAGAUUCCCGGCUUCUCCUUCCGUGACUUGGACUUUCAGCUGCUGGAUUAUGGGCCGGUUGGCAUGUUGCUGCCCAAGGAAGGCCUACUGGACAAGGUAUAUGCUGCCCUGAAGGGGGCGCACCCACACCUGCAUGUGUACAGAAAAGAGGAGCUACCAGGUCACAUGCACUACUCAAAGCACCCACGCAUCCUGCCCAUCGUGCUAAUCGCUGACCCUGGAUAUGUCGUCAAUGGGCUACUCCCCGUGCAGUUCAACAAAGGCGAGCACGGCUUCGACAACCAAGCCAUGGACAUGAAGCCAUUCUUCCGGGCCGUGGGGCCCGACUUCCAGCAGAACCUAACGGUGGAGCCCUUCGAGACGAUCCACAUCUAUGCCCUAAUGUGCCACCUACUGGGCAUCAUCCCAGAGAAGAACGAUGGUCACCUGGAUGCCACCCGCCACAUGCUGGCGUCUGGCCAGCAAACUGAACCACCUGGAGGUCAGGAUGGGUCAGCCAGUAUCUUAAUCGGUCUGGGAGUCGUCGCUGGGGUUCUGGUUAUCGUGUUUGCGGUCGUCGUAUCUUAUGCCAGGUACCGCCGGCGAAAGCCAAGGGAGAGCUCUGAGGAAGCCAAUGAAAAUGACGUCCAAAUCAAGCAAUCUACCAUGUGA